GCUUUCCCUGACAUUCAGCUCAGGUGGGGGGAACAGCCUAAAUCAGGAGUUGCUACAGUUGGGCAAGUUCUAAGAUUUACCUGCUUCUUAGGCUUAAUGCUUCCAGUGACUGGCCAGGGUCAGUUAGAAGUCUCAUGGGCCAGGUGAUGAGGAUGGUCACCUCCUCCAACCUAGCUGUUAGCUCAACUGUUAGCCUCCACUCCCUUCACAGUUUACAGGGCCUCCUCGGAGAUGACGUUCUACCAGAAAAAGCAUGAUAUUAAACUCUUUAGACCGCUCAUUCUACCUCUGACUCAGGCCCCGAUCUUCAUCUCCUUCUUCAUUGCCUUGAGAGAAAUGGCUAACCUUCCCGUGCCCAGCAUGCAGACAGGUGGCCUCUGGUGGUUCCAGGAUCUCACACUAUCUGACCCCACUUACAUAUUACCUCUGGUGGUCACUGCUACGAUGUGGGGUGUCCUUGAGCUAGGUGCUGAAACUGGCAUGCAAAGUUCUGACCUUCAGUGGAUGAGAAAUUUUAUCAGAUUGAUGCCCCUGGCAGUCUUACCCAUAACUAUCCAUUUCCCCUCGGCAGUGUUCAUGUACUGGCUCUCCUCCAACAUGUUUUCCCUGGGCCAGGUGGCCUGCCUCCGUAUUCCAGCUGUACGCACUGUACUUAAAAUCCCCCAGCGUGUUGUGCAUGACUCAGACAAAUUACCUCCCCAGGAAGGCUUCAUAAAUAGCUUCAAAAGAGGCUGGAAGAAUGCCGAAAUAGCACAUCAGCUACAGGAGCGUGAACGACGCAUGAAGAAUCACUUGGAGCUAGCAGCCAGGGGUCCCUUACGACAGACCUUUACCCACAACCCUCUGCUACAGCAUGGAAAGAAUGGACCUCCCAACACCCCCAAUAGCAGCAGCAACAAACCAAAGUCAAAGCAUCCCUGGAGUGACACACUUGGCUGAAUUCUCUUCCCUGCUCAUACUGGCAGGAACACUCUCUCUCUUCAGAGACUCAGCCUUAGAACGAGAACUGAUGCUGGGUCCUUGCCCCAGACCUAGAAACUGUGGGACAUGUUGAUGUUCAUUUUAAAAGUGGAUUCCACUACAGACUCUUCCACCUAAGUGUCAAAGAACACUGGGGAGCCAAGUGAUCUUCCCAUCAUCUGAGUUAGUAAACUUCUGUACUGCAUGCUGCUCCCUGACACUUAUUAAACAGGGAAAUGGACUGAGUGCUUCAGAGAAAAGAAUAGGUUGGGUGGUGAUUGUUCUCGUUGGCCCAUGCUUUUAGGAGGCGUCUCAGUGUUGUAACCUGGCAUUAAGGGCUUAGAUGUGUUGUCCCAUCCGUACUUGCUUUGUGGGCAGAGGUAUGCGUGGUAAGUGGAAACUGUAUCUGGAGGAACCACAUUCAUUUACCCCAAGAUUACCUAUAAAAUAUCCUUCAAGAAGUA